AUGCCUCCGUUGCCACCUGAGAAGGCUAUUCGUGCUGCAAUACUCAAGUGUCAGUUUGCAGAGACCAUCCUGAAAGCUAAACACAGAAAAGUCCUUGACAAGAGUAACAAAUCUGAUCUGAUUAGGAUACAGAUAGAAAAGGAAGAGAUGGAGAAAACUCAACGUGAAGAGAAAGCUAGAAUUGAAGCAGAGAUUGCAGCCGCUAAGCUUGCUGCAAGAAUGAGGGAAGAAACCGAGGUGAAAGAGAAACGUGAGAGAGAACGGCUCGAGCUAGAAAUGAUGGUCCAAGAAGUUGACUUUGAAGAGAAUAACGCCUCGAAGUUUAACGAGAAUAUGCUUAACCUCUGUGGUAGCUGUGAUCCGACAAGAACUUGGUUACCUGAGUUGGGUCUGUUUCUAAUAAACGAUGAAGAUGAUUCGGACGAGGAUGACUCGGUAAUUUCCGAUGCUAUGAGAAUCGACGAUCUUGAGGAGGGAGAGAUCUUGUAG